CGUUGCUGUCUUAGCAAUACUACUAUGUUUCGGUGGUACCUUACAUGCACUCAUAGGCGCCUACCCUACAAUUCAAACCCUGCUUUUACUACGCUCACUGUCUCACCCAUUCCACCACAAGACAACCCUAUUUCCCUCAAACAUCAAAACCCAACAAAUCACCUUAGACCUUCCCCUCCUAUCACCCCCUUACAACACUUAGUUGAUCAGUACAAAACAUCUCACUCCCAAGUUACAACCCCACCCACCUCAUCACAUGUUUCGUAUUCGGAAACGCGUGAAUUUCUUAUCAGUCGAUACCGAGAUUCUUGUUGUCCGCGAGAUGCUACAGAGCUUCAUUUGCAGAUUUUCAAAAAUGGGUUUUCCAAUGAUUUGUUUUUGUGCAAUACUCUUAUUAAUGUGUAUGUCAGAAUUGGUGAUUUGGUUUCAGCGCUUAACUUGUUUGUUGAAAUGUCCGAGAGGAAUUUGGUUACUUGGGCUUGUUUGAUUUCGGGGUAUGCCAAGAAUCGCAUGCCUGAUGAGGCGUGUGCAACUUUUAAAUGGAUGAUUUGCAAAGGCUUUUUUCCAAAUACCUAUGCUUUUGGUGGUGCUCUUCGAGCUUGCCAGGAAUUUGGAUCGCCAGGGGUUGAAUUUGGGAUGCAAAUUCACGGGUUACUAUCAAAAACUCACUAUGCACUUGAUGCGGUGGUGUGUAAUGUGCUGAUGUCAAUGUAUGGGAAUUGUCUGGGUUCUGCUGAUUAUGCUCGCCGUGUUUUUGAGCAGAUACAAAUCAGGAAUUCAACAUCAUGGAAUUCUAUUAUUUCAGUUUAUUCUCAAAGAGGAGAUGCAGUUUCUGCUUUUGAACUCUUCUCAAGAAUGCAGCAGGAGAGUUCAGGAUUCAGUUCAAAACCUAAUGAGUAUACGUUUGGAAGUUUAAUAACUGCUGCUUCUUCAUCAGUUGAUUGUGGAGGGAUUUUGCUUAGGCAGAUGCUCACUAGGGUUAAGAAGUCUGGAUAUCUUGGGGAUCUUUAUGUUGGUAGUGCUUUCAUAAGUGGAUUUGCCAGGUUUGGACUGAUUGAUUUUGCUAAGCAAGUUUUUGAGCAGAUGAGUGAGAGGAAUGCGGUCUCCCUGAAUGGUUUGAUGGUUGGAUUGGUGAGGCAAAAACGAGGAGAAGAAGCAGCUGAAGUUUUCAUGGAGAUGAGAACCUUGGUUGAUGUCAAUCUUGAUUCCUAUGUGAUUCUAUUAAGUGCCUUUCCCGAAUUCACUGUAUUGGAGGACGGCAAAAGAAAGGGAACAGAGGUCCAUGCAUACGUAAUCCGAACUGGCUUAAUUGACAUCAAGCAUGAAAUUGGGAAUGGGCUUGUUAAUAUGUAUGCUAAAUGUCAUGCUAUUGCUGAUGCUUGUUCUGUUUUUAGGCUCAUGGUUAAUAAAGAUUCAAUCUCAUGGAACACCAUGAUCUCUGGUCUUGACCAGAAUGAGUGUUUUGAAGAUGCAGUCAAUUGCUUCCAAGCAAUGAGGAGAACUGGAGAGAUGCCUUCAAAUUUCACUUUGAUUAGUACUUUGAGUUCAUGCGCAAGCUUGGGGUGGAAGAUGCUGGGACAGCAAAUACAUUGUGAAGGACUUAAAUUGGGACUUGAUUUGGAUGUUUCAGUUUCUAAUGCUCUUCUUGCACUAUAUGCGGAAACUGGAUGUCUUAUGGAAUCUGAGAAAGUUUUCUCCUUGAUGCCAGAGUAUGAUCAGGUUUCAUGGAAUUCAAUUAUUGGGGCUUUUGCUGAUUCAGAGGCAUCAGUUGUAAAAGCUGUAAAAUAUUUCCUAAACAUGAUGCGAGCUGGGUGGUGUCUUAACAGAGUAAGCUUUAUAAAUAUUCUUGCAGCAGUGUCAUCUCUUUCACUUCAUCAACUGGGCCAUCAGAUUCAUGGUCUAGUGCUAAAAUACUGUGUUGCAAAAGAUACUGCUAUUGAGAAUGCACUUUUGGCUUGCUAUGGAAAGUGGGGAGAGAUGGAUGAAUGUGAGAGGAUUUUUUCUAGGAUGUCUGAGAGGAGGGAUGAAGUAAGUUGGAAUUCUAUGAUUUCUGGAUACAUACACAACGAAGUUUUGCCCAAGGCCAUGGAUUUGGUUUGGUUUAUGAUGCAGAGAGGUGAGAGAUUGGACUGUUUCACCUUUCCCACUGUUCUCAGUGCUUGUGCCUCUGUUGCAACACUAGAGCGUGGCAUGGAAGUCCAUGCUUGUUCGAUAAGAGCUUGUUUAGAAUCUGAUGUUGUAGUUGGCAGUGCACUCGUUGACAUGUAUACUAAAUGUGGAAGAAUAGAUUAUGCUUCGAGAUUUUUUGAAUUGAUGCCUGUGAGGAAUGUAUAUUCUUGGAAUUCAAUGAUAUCAGGUUAUGCACGCCAUGGACAUGGAGACAAAGCUUUGGAGCUUUUUUCACAAAUGAAGUUAUAUGGUCAACCACCAGAUCAUGUCACCUUUAUUGGGGUCUUAUCAGCUUGUAGCCAUGUGGGCUUGGUGGAUGAAGCGUUUAAGCAUUUCACAUCCAUGAGUGAAGUAUAUGGUUUGGCUCCUCGAGUUGAGCACUUUUCAUGUAUGGUAGAUCUCCUUGGGCGGGCAGGUGAACUUAACAAGAUAGAAGACUUCAUCAAUAAGAUGCCAAUGAAACCAAAUGUUCUUAUUUGGAGGACAGUUUUAGGGGCUUGCUGCCGAGCUAAUGGUCGUAACACAGAGCUAGGUCAGAGGGCUGCUAAAAUGCUUUUGGAGUUGGAACCUCAAAAUGCUGUUAACUAUGUGCUUCUUUCUAACAUGUAUGCUUCUGGAAGGAGGUGGGAAGAUGCGGCAAAAGCUAGAAUUGCUAUGAAGAAAGCAGCUGUAAAGAAGGAAGCUGGGUGUAGUUGGGUAACCAUGAAGGAUGGUGUUCAUGUUUUUGUGGCUGGAGACAAAUCACACCCAGAGAAAGAUCUGAUAUAUGAAAAACUAAAGGAACUUAACAGGAAAAUGAGAGAUGCCGGAUAUGUGCCCGAGACAAGAUUUGCACUAUAUGAUCUUGAGCUGGAAAACAAGGAAGAACUCCUAAGCUAUCAUAGUGAGAAACUAGCAGUUGCUUUUGUUCUCACUCGCAAAUCAGGGUUGCCUAUAAGGAUAAUGAAAAAUCUCCGGGUUUGUGGUGACUGCCACACUGCCUUUAAAUAUAUAUCUAAGAUUGUUGGUCGGCAAAUAGUAUUACGGGAUACAAACAGAUUUCAUCAUUUUCAUGAAGGUAAGUGUUCAUGUGGGGAUUACUGGUAAUCAAUUACUGGAUUAGAUUUUACAAAAAUAUGAAUUUACUGAAGGUCCAUUGUUUCUAAAGGGUUAAGAAUACCAUGGCACAGCUAGCAGAAUAUUACAGGGAAACUUCCUACAGUUCCUUUGUAUCGGAAGAGUUAAUACCAAGGCGCAGAUUUAUACUUUGAUUGGCUCUCAAAGGCAGAUCAUGAAGGCAAUUUACUCAUGAAAAAGGGAAUAGGGGGUGGUUUUGCUGUUCUUUCCGCUGUAAUAAUGAUGGAUCUAUUUCUCACAUUUCUUUCAAUUUGCAAUAUGUUAAGCUGAUGGAAUUUGGUUUG